GGAUAUAUUACAUAAAUGAUUCCCCACUUUACCAAAUCCCAACACUCUCUAGUCAUUCGAUUCAAUAGACCCAUAUGCCGCCGGCGACCCAAAAUGGCUCCUCCGCCUCCUCCUCCGGCCGACUCCAGCUCUCCGAGAAGUUCCCCUCGACCAGAUCCUUCGCCGACUCGCCCGAGCUCGCCGCCGUCCGGGUCAGCCUCGACCUCGUUUCCGCCGCUCGGCGGAACAUUGGGUUCCUGAGGAAUGUCAGUGAGUCGCUCUGGCUUCACGAGCCCGGUUGUCUCGCUGAAGCAGUAAGAAGGUACGAUGAGCUAUGGAUGCCGUUGGUUUCUGAUUUGAUGAUCAACAAUGUGGGGUCAACGGUUCCGAUGAUUCUUCCUCCUUUUGAUGUCGAGUGGGUCUGGUUCUCCCACUGUUUGAAUCCGAAAACGGAUUUUGUUUCCUUGGUUGGAGCUGGGGAAGUGUGGGUAAAGUGGAAGAAGAUAUUGUUUCCUUUCUAAACUUCUCAUCAGCCAAACUUACUUGUUUGGUUCCUGGGGAAAGUUUAGCCAGCUGAAAACUGCAACCCCCGCAUUUUCUUGUCAUCGUUUGGUGAUAAAAAAGCGAAUUUCUGCACUUCUAAUCAGUAAAGUUCCGCUGUUUGGUUCCCCGGGAUAGUUGUAUUUUCCUUCUUCACCCCAAUCCCUAAAGUUUUCCUCUCCUUUUCUCUUCCCCAGGAAAACUACAGGCAAUACUGCGAGCAACGAUUCUCGAAGCUAAUCGGGAAGCCAACGAUCCUCAACUCAGAAAACGAAGAGUACGCUGUAACGAGAUGCAAGAAGCUCUGGCUUCAAAAAUACCCAAACGAGCCAUUCGAGAACGAGUCAACCACCGAGUCACAAGACUCGGCUGUGGUUACAAAUCAUCAAGAUCUGUUGAUGAAGGAGGUAGAGAAGAACAGAGACAUCUACACGAAGUUCUCGUGGCCGUACAUGUCGGAAAUCGUCUACUUGAUUGCGGCCAAACAGAGGUACAAAGGAUUCCUGUUCCUGUUGCAGAGCGGUUUCAUGGACGGAUGUCGUUUCAAGUUUGUUCCUUGCUUGGAUAUCUUGCUUAUGUGGAUCACACACCAGAGUUACCCAACAGUAUAUGCAGAAGACUUGAAAGAGAUGGAAAGAACUCAUAGUAUGGCCAAAGUAGCUGGAUUGUGGGACAAAGUGGAAGACAAAGAUGUGGAAGAGACCAAAAACCUGUGGGACAAGGUUUUUGACCAACCUUAUGAGAAGGCUGGUGGAGCCAUAAAUGGGUUAGUGAAGCAGCCACCAGUUUAUUGGGAAGUCUCAGAUUCUGAUGUCAACACCAAGUACAAGUCCCUCAUGCCAAGGUUCCUCCUUGAGGCCUGUGUUUUUGUGAGGCUCAGCUCCAGCUCAUCUCACCUUAACAAAACAAAAGACGCCACGACAAGCCACAACUUCCUACGCAUGACGAUGAUGAGGUGCCACAAGGAGCUGAGAAUAGAUGCUUCAGGAUCCAGUUUCCCCCACGAUUCGUGGAGGAAAUUGGGGCCCUCAUUGUACUGCGAGUUUGCCACUAAAGGUCUCGUCCUCGAGCUCCGUAGAAGAGGAGGAAUGUAUUUCAAGACGAGUAAAGCUGUCGAUACAGUCACAUUUCCAUGGAACGAUAUGCUAAGGGCUCCAUCACUUACUUUGGAGAGGUAUAUGGGCAAUGAACUCAGGGUUGUGGCCUCAAUGACGCCACCAGUCCAAGCUCCAUACCUCUUAAAAUGUGUUCCCGAUCGAGUUACCGAUGACUCCGGGGCAAUGAUCUCGGAUGUGAUCCUCAGGAUGAACAAUUACAAGCCUCAAGAAGGCAGGUGGCUCUCCAGGACCGUUCUUGAUCAUGCCGGGAGGGAAUGCUUCGUUGUGAGAAUGAGAGUGGGAGGAGGGUUUUGGAGGCGAGGAGGGGAGACACCUUCCAACGUGAAAUGGGAAGACAGGAUCAUUGAAGUACGUGAAGGCUCUUGGUCUUAUGUUGCUGGUUCCAUCGGUAGAGCACCUGAGAAAUUAGUUGCAACAGCGACACCCAAGGAACCUCCAGAGGGUUGGGAAUCGGCUUGGCAUUUCUCAACGGGGGAUGAGCUUCUCAUCGCCUCCGGAUUGUCAUCUUCAUCGUCAUCAAUCGGUGGCAUUAGGUUUCGCUUCUCGAAUCAAUCAUCUCCUGACUCAUCGCCAGUGAGACUGCUGAUAGGCAGGCAAAUGCAAUAUCGGGCGAGUACCAGCCAAGACGAAGAAGAAGCCCUGGAAUCGGGUUUCCUCACAUUGGUUCGGUACUCGGAGGACGACCCAACGGGGAGAGCUACGGCUCUACUCAACUGGAAGCUCAUGAUCAUGGAGUCGUUGCCCGAAGAAGAUGCAGUAUUGGUCCUCUUGCUCUGCAUAGCCAUCUUGAGGAGUGUGUCUGAGAUCAGGAAGGAAGACGUUGGGAAGUUGUUGAUCAGAAGGAGAGUGAAAGAAGCCAAAUUGGGUACUCGAGACUGGGGUUCGGUCAUGGUUGAUGGUCGUGAUGGUUCGGUCGGUUCGGUUCACCUCCAGCCGUGGUAUUGGAGUGACAAUGCCAAAGCUGUUGUUGAAGGUGGUGAGGAGAGUAGUAGUAGCAGUGUUGGAAGGCAGCCGGUUCUGAGUUACUCGCUGGUGGAAGGUGGGGAUAAGUUGUAUAAGAGAGGGAUCAUAAGCUAAUAGAGAUUAGACUAGGAAAGAUGAUUGAGAUGAGUCAUUGAGUUGGUUGGUUGGUUUACCGAGAUUCGAACACAAGACACGAGAUUUCUGACUUGCCUUUUACGUUCAGUUUAUGGUUCGGGUGUUACAUCAUUAGUCCGCAUGGUGAAAGGAUUGGAAGUUCUUAGGCCGGUAAGCCCUUUUGGUUUAUUUGGAUGUUGGUCUGUAGCACACGUGGUCGGGCCCAAAUUAACUAUGCUCAUGAAGUGGCUUAAAAACUUACAUCUAUUCAACGGAAAAAAAAACUUACAUCUGGAAAAAAUUGAAUAAAAAGUAGUGUGUGUUGCACAC